AUGGGUGACUACCCGAAAGCACUUGAAUUUUACGAAAAAACAAUUAAAAUAAAAGAAAAGGUCUUAUCUCCGAAUGACCCCGAUUUGGCUGCUUUAUACAACAACAUCGGAAUCGCAUAUAACAACAUGGGUGAAUACCCGAAAGCACUUGAAUUUUUCGAAAAAGCACAUAAAAUAUUCGAAAAAGCUCUGCCUUCCAAUCAUCCUGAUUCGGCUUCUUCUUACUCCUGUAUCGGUGGAGUCUACAACAUCAUGGGUGACUACUCGAAAGCACUGGAAUUUAACGAAAAAGCACUUAUAAUAAGAGAAAAAGCUCUGCCUCCAAAUCAUCCCGAUUUGGCUACUUCCUGCAACAACAUCGGUGGAGUGUAUUACAACAUGGGUGACUACUCGAAAGCACUGGAAUUUUACGAAAAAGCACUUAAAAUAAGAGAAAAAGCUCUGCCUCCAAAUCAUCCCGAUUUGGCUAAUUCCUACAACAACAUCGGUCUCGUAUAUAACAAUAUGGGUGACUACUCGAAAGCACUGGAUUUUUACGAAAAAGCACAUCAAAUAAAAGAAAAAGCUCUGCCUUCAAAUCAUCCCGAUUUGGCUAAUUCCUAUAACAACAUCGGUCUCGCAUAUAGCAAUAUGGGUAACUACUCGAAAGCACUGGAUUUUUACGAAAAAGCACAUAAAAUAAAAGAAAAAGCUCUGCCUCCGAAUCAUCCCGAUUUGGCUACUUCCUACAACAACAUCGGUGGAGUGUAUAACGACAUGGGUGACUACUCGAAAGCACUUGAAUAUUUCAAAAAGGACUUGGAAAUCACAAAACAAGCUCUGCCUCCGAAUCAUCCUGAUUUGGCUUAUCCAUUCAAAUGGUUCGGAAUGAUUUAUCGCAGUAUGAAAGAUUAUCCAAGAGCACUUGAGAAUUUCGAAAAGUGUCUCUCAAUACGUCAAAAAGCGUUACCUGAAAAUCAUCCUCAACUAGCUAUUACAUACAGUGACAUUGGUGAUGUUCAUCGAUUAAUGGGUGAUUGCGAAAAGGCGUUGUUAUUUUAUAGAAAAGCAUUAAAUAUUCAAGAAAAUGUUCAGUGUAAUCCUCUUGAAUGUGCAUUAACAUAUAUAAAUUUAGGUGAAACGUAUCGAGAAAUGCAAGAUUAUACAACAGCAUUGGCAUGUUUUCAAAAAGGAUUAGACAUACGUGAGAAGAAAUUACCAAGAAAUCAUCCUGAUUUAGCUGUUGUAUAUCACAAUAUGGCAAAAUUAUAUUUAUCUACUCGACAAUAUAAUAUGGCAAUGAAAAAUAUUCAACAAACGAUUGAAAUUGCACAAGAAGGAUUACCUUCAACUCAUCCUCAUCUUUUAGACUAUGAAGAAACAUUUGAAAAAAUUCGUAAGAAAAUGUAA